UGAAUUUCCCGAGAAAAUUCUCCGCGAAAUCGACUUCACUUCCUGUCUGACAGGAAACAAAGGAAAUUCCGAAUAAACCGGUUAUCACGUUCGAAUCGUUCCACUCGUGAUUAAGUUACCCCUAAGGGCCACCUGCUGCCCACGACGUCUUCACCCCCGUCUUUAAUCCCAACAUUAAAUCAACAUGAUGCCAGACGAGUUUGUUACCCCAAUCGAUGCCAUAAUAUUCCCGAGUACAUGCCCCACGUGUACCCCAUUGUAUCCAUCGUCACCGGGGUAUGUUGCAUUGUCGAAGGGAUUCGUCCAUCACCACGCGCAACAGUUGGCGACGGGGGAGGUGAAAAUUCCCCGUCGUGAAAAUCUCAUGCGCAAUAUACCGGGAAAGCGCGAGCGACAGAGACGACGACAGACGGAAAACUCUGACGGACAUGCGUAAGAUUCGUCGGAUAUAGCGAGAGCCCUGACUAGUCUCAUUGAAACGACGUCCGUCGACGGACGCGCGCGCUUCCACUGCCAGGACGUUGCUCUCGCCCCCGACGUAGCGAUUUAAAAAAAGUAAUCAGUCCGGAAGAUUAAUUAAUGAGUCAAUCGACCAAGAAUUCACCCACCUGACGAGGGAUAAUUUAACAUAAAUAAUUGAGAGGGUGAAUGAAAAAUUUUCCGUUUAUUUCUCACAACGGAGAGCCCCGAGUCGUAAAAUUUUUCAUUAUCUCCAUCACUCGUGAAAGACAAUCUGGAGUGCUCUGAUCAUCACAUCAUCACCUGUCACACAAACAACAAUCGCCAAGUUGCAUUUUUCGUUAUUAAAUUUCUUCGAUUUUUUUUUCCCUCCCCUCAAUUUUUUGUGUAACGUACUAUUAUUAUCGCAGUUGUACUAGUGUAUCGCGUUAUCACCGCAAUCAGAAUCGCGAUAAAUACACUCGAGUUGGUCGAUGGCAUUCAAUCAGACUGUCGAGGAUAAAUCGAAGCACUUCUUACUCGCAGGGAGUAAAUACACGAGUGACGAUAAAUAUGUGUAAACAGUGAUUUCGCGGGCAAUCGAUAAUUCCGGUUACUCAGUAGUCAGUGAAGUGGUACUUGGGGAGGGCUGUUCUCGGUGAGGUAAUGCCAUGAUUUAUCACAACGGUAAGGAGUUGCGAGGGACAAAGGUGUAAUGCUGGGGGACACCUGGACCGGGUGACACAGUGUGAUUUAUAUGAACAUUCGCGCGAAGACGUCUUUCACUGGGUGACCCUCGAGGAAUAAUAGCCAGUUAAUCAUGCUCCAGACCGCUCGGCUGAAUUCUUAAACAUUCCGUCGUUCGCUGCAGAAACAUCUGUUCGGGAAAGCAAGAGCACAAGGAGAUACAGACACCAUGGCCAACCACAAUGACAUUGAUUUCAACAGUCCCACUAUCCAGCAGCAGAUGCUUGAACUGGGUGCCCUGAGGUGCCACAACGGAUCCAUACCCAGUCCAGGCUGGUGCUCGGAGACCUGGGAUGGUAUUCUCUGUUGGCCAGCAACAGCCCCGGGAGACCUGGCGGUCCUGUCUUGCCCGAGGUACAUCGCGGGAUUCGAUGUACAGGCAAAUGCAUCGCGCCAGUGUUUGCCCGACGGCCAAUGGUACAUGAAGCCAGAGACGAACAGCACGUGGAGCAACUAUACCCAGUGUUACGCAACCCAGUUUGUCACAGUGCUCAUGGAUAUAACGGAAGUGCAGGAGCGCAAUGCAACUCUGAUAAAGAGAUAUCUGCCUAUCGUCACGAAGACAUCGACCAUCGGCUACGCCGUGUCCUUCUCCACUCUUCUCUUCGCAUUUCUCAUCCUGGCCACGAUCAAAUUUAGGAAAUUACGUUGCCCAAGAAAUAUGCUUCACCUGCAUCUAUUCGCCUCUUUUAUACUUCGUGCCUUCAUGGCCCUUCUCAAGGACGUUCUCCAUGUGUCUGGGCUUGAUCUUGCAUCAGAUCUCAUAACGAAAAAUGGUGAGAGGUUCUGGCGAGAUAAUAUACUGGAGAAUGAUGAUAAUAAUUGGCAAUGCAAAGUGUUCACCAGCUUCUGGCAGUAUUUCAUUCUUGCAAAUUAUUCAUGGAUUCUCAUGGAAGGCCUCUAUCUCCAUAAUCUCGUUUUUUUCGCACUAUUUACCGACUCAAACUCCAGCAUCAUGGGUUACGUUCUCCUCGGAUGGGGAUUACCAGCAAUGUUCGUCAUUCCCUGGGUGAUGGUGAGAGCUAUGUAUGAUGACAACUACUGCUGGACCAUCAACGAAAUUCCCGAGCUCUUCCUGAUCAUUCGAGUGCCCACGAUUCUAUCGAUUCUCAUCAAUUUUGUACUUUUCGUUAACAUCGUGAGAGUUUUACUCUCGAAAUUAAAAUCAACAGUGUCGGAGGAGACCCAGAGAUAUAAGAGAUGGGCGAGGAGUACAUUAGUGCUUGUUCCAUUAUUCGGGGUUCAUUACACAGUUUUUUUGGGGCUGUCGUACAGCAUUGGAGUUGAUCAAAGAGUGGAACUCAUUUGGCUCUUUGGGGAUCAAUUAUUCGCCUCUUUUCAGGGCUUCUUCGUAGCGGUGUUGUACUGUUUUUUGAAUGGGGAGGUGAGGACCGAGCUUUCGAGGGUCUUGAGGAGCAAAAAGUGGCCGAGAUUGCGGGGCAGAUGGGGCCCACGACACUCGACCCGAUCAAACAGCGCAUGUAGCUGUAACGGAAAAGCCGGAAAACUCCGUAAAUCCUGGUGGAAAACUCCCUGGCUCGGUUUAUUUCAUCAAAGAACAAUUCAUCGGUCAACACACUCCAUGGCGAGCACACAAGACGUUGCGACAAGGGGUGGUAGUUUAGCGAGCAGCCGGGGAUAUCUCGAUACCGUGGGCGUUGGACCAGGUAUCCAAGAUCCCCAUGAUCAUCCCACUACUCACACUUCACCACUCUGCAGCAAAUACACGGAUCAGUCGGUCCUCUCAUUUUGUUCUCAUAUGUCUGACGUAUCUGCCUGUCCAAUCCGCAUAACGGAUAAGACGGAGAAGCUCCCUGAGGAACACCGCUGCAGCACUGACUACGAGUGCUGCAGUUUGGCAUUUGAAUUGCAUCAUUAUCCGCAGAACAUUCCCUGAUCAACCGACUCAGGAAGAUCGCGGGUGAUAAUUGUGCAGAAUACAAGGCAUAAAGCCCCAGAGAGACGCAGCUCAGCCUUAUGAUCCAUCCCGGAGGAGAGCAAUUCAACCGAAUAACCUCAGACAUAAUUUUUAUACAUAAAUUAAUAUCGCGGAAUUCGCUGGCGAAUUCGAUCGAUCAGGUAUGACUAGAAUUUCGUAUUGACAAGUCAAUGCUCACUAUUUUUACUCCCAGAUGACCUGCAUCAAUGUCCAAAGUAACGCUGUAUUAUUAAUGAUUAUCGGUAAUUAUGAUGUGCAGUUUAAACGAUCACUCCAAUGAAUUUUCUAAUGUUUUGUGGGAUGUAAGUGUUACCUCAGACUUCAGGUGUACCUAAUGACAGUUCUAAUCAAUUAGUCAUAGCAGUGGUGAAUUUUACGGAUGCUCUCUAAUUGUCAGAAAUUUUUAAUGCUUGAAAUUAUGGAAAUUAUGAUAUGUCCAACGAAAUUGAUAUUUUACAAUAAAUACCAUUUUGAUGUAAUUAUUUGUGAAUU